CUCCCAACAUCUUCCCUUCACUCAUUCUUCUCAACGGCUUGAUCAACCUCCAAUCCCUGCAAAAUGUCCUGCUACGACCUGUGCUCCACCUCUGGCUCCGGCCUCAUCCGGCCCCAGCCCAUCGCCGACAGUGGGAAUGAGCCGUGUGUGCGCCAGUGCCCCGACUCCACCACCGUCAUCCAGCCUCCCGCCGUGGUGGUCACCUUCCCCGGCCCCAUCCUCAGCUCCUUCCCGCAGGAUUCCGUGGUGGGAUCUGCUGGAGCGCCCGUCCUCGGAGCCUCUGGGGGCUCCCUGGGCUAUGGGGGUUAUGGAUCCCUGGGCUAUGGGGGUUAUGGAUCCCUGGGCUAUGGGGGCUAUGGAUCCCUGGGCUAUGGGGGCUAUGGAUCCCUGGGCUAUGGGGGCUAUGGCUCUGGGGGUUAUGGUGGUCUCUGUGGAUACGGGGGUUAUGGAUCCCAGGGCUAUGGGGGUCUGUGGGGCUAUGGGGGCUCCUCCCUGGGCUAUGGGGGUCUGGGGUCCUGUGGGGGUUACCGGGGCCUGUAUGGCUCUGGGAGGUCCUUUGGAUCCUUUGGCUCCUGGAGCCCUUGGUCCUCCCGCUAUGGCCGCUACGGCCGCGGCAGCUGCGGCUCCUGCUAAACCUGAUGGAAAAAUUCCUCAACUCAGUAAACGACACAACUGGAUCCUCACCUGAGCUCCUGAGGAAGGGGCACAGCGUCAGACUUCACUUCACACUGUGGAGUCAGAACCCCUCCAGAAAUCCCUCUUCUCCCUUCCUCCUUCCUUUGCUUGAUCUCCUCUUCCCCACUCCUGCCAGUGGCCAAAUGUGGGGCUCCACCAUCCACUGGCUUCUCCCUUGAACUGCUGCCUCCUGAGACAAGGCUGAGGGAGCAGCUCUCGUGAUGCAGGGAGGGACAACCUGCCUGUCUUUGCCUCACAUGUUCUUGUCCAGCGGAGCCUUCCCUGCCUUUGCAAUAAAAAAAUCCAGCAUCCAA